UAUGAAAGCGGGGAAUGGGUUUAAAAUAUGUACAGUAUUUAGGAUAAUAACCUGGGCGCGUUACGCUCGGUAACACCGCUUACAAAUACGGGCGAUCACGAACCCCGUUUUGUCUGUUUAGCUAUCUGCUCUCUCCGGUUGUGUUUUUUUCUCCAGAUUCUCAUUAUGUUCACAGAAUUGGCAGUGGGUCAGGGUCCGGGACUCCUCUCUGCCCCUUCUGAGGUUACGAAUACGUAUAACCGAGUGAUCAAUGCUCAGUAUGAAAACCGAUCAGAGAACUUCCGACUGGGAGAGCGAAACUUUAGUCGCCAGUACGCGCAUAUCUAUGCCACCCGCCUGGUUCAGAUGAGGCCUCUCCUGGAGCAGAGAGCCAAGCAAAAAUGGGGUGAUGACAUACCUUUGCGGAAACUGUGUGAGCUGCAGGGUACCGAGAGAUGCUGUGUGGUGGGAACUCUGUUUAAAGCCAUGGAGCUUCAACCUUCUAUCCUGAGAGAGAUCAGCGAAGAGCACAAUCUUUUGCCUCAACCUCCAAGAAAAAAAUACAUAAGUGAUUCAGAUGAGUUAAUUCUGGAAGAUGAGCUGCAGCGGAUUAAGUUGGAGGGCGCAACGGAUGUGCAGAAGCUUGUGACUGGUGCUGUUAUUGCAGUUCUUGGCUCAGAAGAAGAUGCUGGAAAGUUUGUAGUGGAAGAUUUUUGUCUGGCCUCUCUGCCGCCACAAUCCCCCCUUCCAGCCUUGGCUGAUGACCGGUAUGUGCUGCUGACAUCUGGGCUAGGCCUUGGUGGUGGAAGUGGUGACAGCUUAAUGGGGUUGCAGUUGCUGCUGGACCUGGUGACAGGACAGGCAGGGGCAGAAGAGGAGCAAGGUUGUGCUGCACGCAUUUCACGUGUUAUCCUAGCUGGGAACUUGCUGAGCGAGAACACACAGGGCAAGGACUCCUUAAAUAAGGCGAAAUACCUUAGCAAGAAGACCCAAGCUGCCAGUGUGGAGGCUGUAAAGAUGCUGGAUGAAAUCCUACUCCAGCUGAGUGGUUCUGUUUAUGUGGACGUUAUGCCCGGGGCUUUUGAUCCAACAAACUACACAUUGCCCCAGCAGCCCCUUCACCGCUGUAUGUUUCCACAGUCUUCACCAUAUGCUACCCUGCAGCUUGUUACAAACCCAUAUGAGGCAGAGAUUGAUGGAGUCAGAUUCCUUGGGACAUCUGGGCAGAAUGUAAGCGAUAUCUUCAAGUACAGUAGCAUGCAGGACUACUUAGAGAUUUUGGAGUGGACACUACAAGUUGGACACUUGUGUCCCACUGCCCCAGACACUCUUGGAUGUUACCCUUUCCACAAGUCAGACCCGUUUAUCAUGCAAAAUUGUCCGCAUGUUUAUUUUUGUGGAAGUACUCCAGCUUUCAGCUGUAAAGAAGUCAAAGGUGAGGAGGGUCAGCGUGUUUUACUUCUGGCAAUCCCAGAAUUCAGCAGCACACAAACGGCCUGCCUUGUGAACCUACGCACUCUGCAAUGUCAACCAAUCUGCUUCUCUGGAUUCAGCGCAGAAGAUGAUUCGUGUGACUGAAAUUGAGGUUAUUGUUGAGCCACGCUCUGUAUGGUCAUAGGGACUUUUGAAUCCUUGGGGGACACCGCUCAGUCAUGGAAUGGAAAUAAAACUGAUACCAUUUGAUGAAUGAAAUUGACAGAACAACUCCAUUUAAGAGCCGUCUCUCAAAUUGAACACUGCAGUAGACUGUUGUAUUUUGUAUGUUACUUUAUUUACAUUCAUAUUUUUUUAAUGAAAUUCUUAAAUGAGGGAAUAAAAAUACUCUCUCCUUA